CUACGAGAUACCACCGUGCUGAAAAUAGCAGCCAUGAUCCGACUCUAAGGUGAUUUCUAGCGCGUAGAGCCAUCUCGGGGAGAAUCGGAGAAAUUUAAUCGUUUAAAGGGGAAUAACUUUUACAGCAGUGGAAAAUUUAAAUAUUCCUUGUGAUUUAAUAUCGGGCACUGAUGCAUGAGAAUACGAAUAUCACAUCCGAUGAUUUUAUUCCGCAUCAUCAAUUAAAGGAAGACGAGGCAUUUACAAAGCACUUUCAUCAAUAAAUCAGCUACUUUAUAUAAGUAAAAAUUUAUGAUAAAGAAUUGGAAAAUAUUUCUUCUGGACAAUGGAAUUAACAGCAACGUUUUCUUGUCUUCACUGUGUGGAAUGUAGAGGAGAUGAUUGCAUUACAGGUUAAAUAAACUUGAUUAACUUUACAAAGGACUUGACAGUUUUCAUCUGUUUUGGAUAUUAAACAAAAUCAGAGAUAAAAAAAUAUAAUAUUAAAUUAUUCUCUGAAAAUAAUGACACAACUGAAUUCUACCAUAUUCAUUGGAAUAAAAUAGACAUCUUUGUGUCGUGUAUGACAAAUUAUUCUCUUAAAAUGAGUAAUGUAAAUAAACCAAAAAUCCCUGAUACAGGAGAGAAGCCAUAUCACUGUAAUGUCUGUGGUAAAUCAUUCUCUCAAAGUAUUGUGUUGACCCGUCACGUACGUACGCAUACAGGGGAGAAACCAUAUCAUUGCAAUAUCUGUGGUAAAUCAUUCACUCAGAGUGGUGACUUGAUUAAACACAGACCUACACAUACAGGAGAGAAACCAUUUCAUUGUGAUAUCUGUGGUAAAUCAUUCUCUAGAAACAGUCAAUUGACUAGGCACCGACGUGUUCAUACUGGGGAAAGACCUCAUAAAUGUGACAUCUGUGGUAAAUCAUUUUCUGAAACUAGUAAGCUGACUAUUCAUAAGCGUAUUCAUACCGGGGAAAAACCAUUUCACUGUGAUAUCUGUGAUAAAUCGUUCUCUGAAUCGGGUCACCUAAAUAUACACAAACGUAUUCAUACGGGUGAGAAGCCAUACCCUUGUGAUAUCUGUGGUAAAUCAUUCUCUCGACGUGGUGAUUUGAGUAAACACAAAACUACACAUACAGGAGAGAAGCCAUAUCAGUGUGAUAUUUGUGGUAAAUCAUUCACUGAAGAAAGAGUCUUAACUAAACAGAAAUGCAUUCAGACAAAGGUGAAACCGUAUCACUGUAAUGUCUGUGGUAAAUCAUUCUCUCAAAGUAUUGUGUUGACCCGUCACGUACGUACGCAUACAGGGGAGAAGCCAUAUCAUUGCAAUAUCUGUGGUAAAUCAUUCACUCAGAGUGGUGACUUGAUUAAACACAGACCUACACAUACAGGAGAGAAACCAUUUCAUUGUGAUAUCUGUAGCAAAUCAUUCUCUAGAAACAGUCAAUUGACUAGUCACAGACGUAUUCAUACUGGGGAAAGACCUCAUAAAUGUGACAUCUGUGGUAAAUCAUUUUCUGAAAAUAGUAAGCUGACUAUUCAUAUACGUAUUCAUACCGGGGAAAAACCAUUUCACUGUGAUAUCUGUGAUAAAUCGUUCUCUGAAUCGGGUCACCUAAAAAUACACAAACGUAUUCAUACGGGUGAGAAGCCAUACCAUUGUGAGAUCUGUGGUAAAUCAUUCUCUCAACGUGGUGAUUUGAGUAAACACAAAACUACACAUACGGGAGAAAAGCCAUAUCAUUGUAAUAUUUGUUGUAAAUCUUUCUCUCAAAAAGGUCACUUGCUUAAACACCAACCUACACAUACAGGAGAGAAAGCAUAUUUUUGUAGUAUCUGUGGAACCUCAUUCUCUAGAAAUAGUCACUUGACUAGUCACAAACGUAUUCAUACUGGAGAAAAACCAUAUCAGUGUGAUAUCUGUGGUAAAUCAUUUUCUCAAAAUAGCGACUUAACUCGUCACAAACGUAUUCAUACAGGGGAGAAGCCAUAUCAUUGUGAUACCUGUGGUAAAUGUUUCACUCAAAGUGGUGAGUUGAUUAAACACAAACUUACACACACAGGAGAGAAAGCGUAUCAUUGUAAUGUCUGUGGUACGUCAUUCUUUAGAAAUAGUAACUUGACUAGUCACAAACGCAUUCAUAUUGGUGAAAAACCAUAACACUGUGAUAUCUGUGGUAAAUCAUUUUCUAAAAACAGUCACUUGCCUUGUGAAUAUGUUUAUAUUCAUAUUGGCAAAAAACUAUAUAAUUUUCAUAUCUGUGGUAAAUCAUUUUCUCAUAAUAACACUAACUAGUCGCAAACGUAUUCAUACAGGACAAAAGCCAUACCAUUGUGAUAUCUGGUGAGUCAUUCUUUCCAAAACACCACUAAACUACACGUGAGUAUUCAUACACAAGUGUAACAAUAUCAAUAUCAAAAUUUAUUACAACAGGACAACAAUUACGAAUAUUUUGUCUGAUAAAAGACCGGGUUUAUUCCUAUUCAAACUUGACAUCAUCAACUUCAAUUUCAUCA